GACGCCCAGGAAAAUGCGGGAAAAUAUGGGAAGCGGGGGGGAAGACGGAAACCCAGAAAAUAUGGGGAAAGAAGGUGAAUCUUGGGAUUUGUGUCUGUUUAUUGGUGUGUCCCUGGGCCCCUAUACUCUCGGCACGCGGAGGAGGUCUGGGACUCCAACCGGGGCGUGGUGUACCUGGCCGCCCUCUCCGGCGUGUUCGCGCUGGCGUUCAACCUGCUCAAGUACGGCAUCGUGCAGCGGCUGUCUGCCACGCACACAGCGUUCGCCGGCAACUUCAACAAGGCCGUCACGAUCGUCCUCGCCAUGGUGCUGGGCCUGGAGCCCUACCCGGCAGACGGCUGGGGCUGGCUCAUGGUGGCCGCGUACGUGGGGAACAUCGGCGCGUUCACGGCCUACAACAUCGCGAAGAUCCGGCUCCAGUCAACACAGGAGACGGGGUGCCGAGCCACCCCUGCGAGUCCGACAAGCAGCCGCUGAGAGGGAGGACAGGGACCGAGGAGAGCACCGAGGACGACACGGAGGGGAAGCGCUCCUGCUCCGAGGACCGACGACGAGUGGGAGUCCAGCGUCGCGCCGGGCGUCGGGGGCGGCUUCUCGUACCACUCCGCGGCGUGCGCAGGCGGCCGCGGGGCCCUCGGGCCCGCGGCCGUGCCGCUCGCCCCGGCGCCGGCGCCGCCCCGCGUCCGGAGAGCUUCGGCGCUCCAGGCGGCGCGGAGUGAGCGGCCCGCUGGCGGGCCCCUUCCCGGAGGAGCCUGCUCGGGCGCAGGGGGUGCGCGACGGCAGCGGCGGCGGCGGAGGCAGAUCUGCUUUCCAGCGCUCCCGCCGGGGGGGCCAGCCGCCGGGGCCGGCCCAGCGGGCGCCCGAGCUCUGCUGGGCGCGCGCGGCCGCAGAGCUGCAAGACGAGGGCACGGAUGCCUUGGAUCGGCGCUGGACCCGCCGGGGGCGCCUCCAGCGCCGCCCUGGGCGCGUCCGGCGUUCCAGGGAGGGGGAGGGGGGACCUGGGAGCUGCCGAGUCGCCGGCCCCAGUGCACGGGGUGGCCUGGGUCGGCCCGGGCUGGGCGCCGAUCUGGGUCAGCGCCGUCCCCGAGAGCUGGCCAGGUCCUCCGCCUUGCCCGCCUGCGGAACAAGCCUGGAGGGCUCCACGGUUGCGCGGUGUGCGCGCGGGGGGGCGCCUGUUGGGCGGCGGGCCCGUCACACUAGGCUGACGGUCCUUGCCCGCGGCGGCCGCCCUCGUCACUACCUAGGCCUUUUACUCUCGCGGCCGUGCCUGCCCCGACCUCGCGAAUCCGCGAGCGCACGGGCGUCGCGCAGCUGUGAAGUCACCAGCUGAUGGACGUCGCUCUUUCGUCUCCCCGAUUCCUGUCCACCAGGGGACAGCGAGCCCUGAGCUGCAUUGUCGACGAAGUGCAAGCCUUGAUCGCAGGUUGUGUCUUACCAGGCUUUGCUUGUGGUGUCCUGUGGCGCCACUUUGCGGAGCCCUGAGCAGGAGAGGCGCCGCUAAU